AUGGUGUUCAAACGAGCAAUGAGCAAAAUCUACCUCUCGGGACUUUUUGUGUUUUUGGCAGCGAAUAACCAUGUCGCAGCGUUUCAACCAACCAGUCAAAGACCUGGGUACUUUCCAGCGGUACAACAAACGCCGAGGGCUCACAAGAACAUGUACCUCUCAAAAUUGUGGAUGGCAGCCAACAGCAGAGGCAGACGGAAACAAAAGUCGGUGUACCUGACCCACGAACGAGACUUUUUCCGUCAAUCGGCUCGACUUGACUCCAUGACAUCCUACGUCUUGGUGUCCACCUUGACUGCUUCCAUGUCCUUUGGCGCCCUGCUCGGUUUUGAACCUUCGGUGGUGUCGCUGCCAUUGAUCCACAUCCAACCCAGAACUAUCAAAGCCCUCUACAAGGCACUCUGUUUGGCCAUUCAGGUGGUUUCAGGACUCUCCACACUUUUUGGUCUGUACGCAACAAUCGUCUUUUCCUUGACCAUUUUGUAUGGUCAGAGUGCCUUGGGAGCCGAGCGUGAUCGAGAAUAUGAUGUCUUUUUACGGUCCACUACACGGGCCAGAGUACAUGGUUUUCGUUGUUUUACCUUUUCCUUGGGUAUGUUUGCUCUGGAUGCACUGUUAGUAUUGUUGGAGCGAAUCUUUUUCCGAUAUUGGUCCGUUCCGGUGUUCGCGAUUGCGUCCUACAUUUUGUACAAGCUGUAA